ACAACCCCCAGCAUGUCUCCGGGACCCCGCACUGGGCAAACAUGCGUACCUAUAUGGCAGGAGCUCAGGCUUGCGGUUUCACUAUGUGACAAAAGGAGACCACAGAAAGCCCCUCAUGCUUUUCCUUCAUGGAUUCCCAGAAAACUGGUUAAUCCUCUUUUCAUAUUUCACUUCUUGAAACACACUCCAUUGACCUAUUGCCCCGUCCUUUAUAUAGUAACUAUGGUUUUAAUUGGGUUAAAAAGUUUUUAACAUGAUUAAAAUGUUUAAUUCUGGUGUUUUGAUUCUGAAGGGGAAUAAUUUGUCAUGAGUUAUGAAACAUUAUUAUACAUUGAACAUUGAACUGAUCACAGAAUUGUUUAUGGCUUAUUCACUUUAUCUCUUGCAGAGGCGCCCGGAGGUACUAACCUAAUAUAUUUCUUUUCUAAACCAAAUUUAGCACAAAUAAUUUUGAAAACUGGCUGAAAACUGACAGUAUAUCCUCCAAUAAAUGAAUCCGCUAUAAGAAUCGACAUAGAGCAAGUUGAUUUUGAAUGAAAUUGUACUUUGUGUUGUAAUUAUACCAAGUUAAUGUUUCAGCUCAGUUCAGUCCUUCUCUAAGCAGUUAAAGUCAACAAUAAGGAUGUGAUUUAGAACUGGAUGACAAUAAAAAUAACUGGAGCAUAGCUUUGAGAUUUUGCUUGGCUACAUGAAUAAAACAUAUUUUGCUUGAAGUUUUUCAUGGAAGUCUAUGACCUACCAGACUGUAAGGCAUAGAAUGGCUCUUAUAUAGUCAGCAACAGAAUUAUUGGCACCCCUCAAAACACAUGGUCAACAAAUAACCAUAUAAAAUAAACAAUACAUAUAAUGAUUCAAAUGUUCCUUUAAAAUGUUUGGAGAAAUUACUCACCAUUUAUCUACCAUUAGUAAGGGUGUUGUUUUAUUUUAAGAAAAGUGUUUCAAAGACAUAUGGAGCAGAAUUAGUGGCACCCCAAGAGUAAAACCAAAGAAAUUUGCAUCUUUGCAUCUAUGACCAUUUCCUGUUUCCCUGGGGUAUAAAUGUGAAGCUACACACAUGUAAAAUCCCUUUGUCAUCCAAGCAAAGCAAAGCACUGUCAAUUCAAUUGAGACAUAAGGUUCUGAACCUGCACAGAUUGGGAAAUUGAAGGGGAAAAAAGAAGUAGUCAGUUGAAAUCAGAUUAAUAAUUAAAAAGUUUGAAAUGCACUGGAACAAUUGCAUAUUUUCCUGGAAGACGAUGAGCAUACUGCCCCCUUUUACAUUGAGGAGGAUGACAGGCAAAGCAAAGAGGAAUCCAAAGAUCUCAGUUUCAGACCUGCACAGGUACUCUUGGCGUUAUCAGUUGGUGGAAUUUAGCAGGUGUUACCACACGGUGGCUCUAGAUCUGCGUGGCUGUGGGAACUCUGAAGCUCCCUCUCAGCUGGAGGACUACUCACUGGAGAAACUCUUAUAUGACAUCAGAGACACGAUUGAUGAGCUGGGACACACCAGCUGUAUACUGGUGGGCCAUGACUGGGGUGGUAUGCUUGCUUGGCACUUUGCCCUGGAGAGGCCGGACAUGGUCCAGCGUCUGGUCAUCAUGAAUGCUCCUCAUCCUGCCUCAUGGCUGGAUGCAGUUUUGAGACGGCCCUCUCAGCUCCUGCGUUCAGGCCACGCGUGCUUCUUCCAGCUCCCAUUCCUGCCUGAGAUUGCUCUCUCCUUAGAGGAUUUUAAGUUGGUGCGCAGUAUGCUCUGUGGAGGCCGUGUGGGGAUUAGGAACAGGGCGAGGAGGCUGACAGAAGCACAACUGGAGGGCUACCUGUACCGCCUGUCCCAUCCUGGAGCACUCACCGCCUCCCUCAACUACUACCGCUCCCUUCUCAGUAACACUUUGUAUAAGCAUCAGGACGUGGCGGUGACCAGUAUGUUGAUUUGGGGAGAAGAAGACAACAUAUUGGUAGAAGGAAUGUCUGGUGGGACACGGCCUUACGUUAGAGGCCCUGUCGUCGUUCAUACGAUCCCGGACUGCAGUCACUGGGUACAGCAGGAUCAGCCGGAGGUGGUCAACAAUCUACUGUGGGACUUCCUUCUGGACAGAGAUAGUGUAUCAAACCACACGACACAUGGGCUCUUCUCUAGUGCCUCUGCAUCAGGAGCAUUAAAUGGUGACUCCAGGAAUCUGUGACUUUAGCUUGGACUAUUUUACUAUUUUACUAGCUUUGACUUUAUUUUAUUAAAGCAAUAAGCCACGAGAGGCUGUGUAUUAUAGUAAUUUUAUAAUCACCACAGGUAAGGGUGUUAUUAGGCAUGACGUAAAGUGGAGUAAAACCCCUUUACCUGUGAUAAAAUCACUGUAAUGCACAGCCUCAAGUGACUUAUUGCUUUUAUAAAAUUGUGGACAACAUAACAUAUAAUGAAAUAUACAAAUUUUCAAGGUAUUAACAAUAAUUAUCAAUACAAACAAUUCAUCCAUCAAGAAAUGUAGUUCAUUUAGAGUGUGUUAUCUCAACUAUGCACUGCUGAAAGAGGACAAGAAUGUUCAGUUGCCUGUCAUUGUAUAUUGCAGUCGUUCCAUUAACCUUUGGCUUUUUGUUGUAUAACAAUAAAUAUAUAUUACAACAGCACUGUUUAAUGCAAAAACUUUUGCUUUAUGAAUAUUUGUUCUCAUAAAGCACAACUGUGAUGACAAUGCUAAUUUCUAUUAGCUCCUCUAUGAGAUUUCUAGUCUUAUUUAGCACCAAGCUAACGCUGUUGUCAUCCCUUUUCCCAUAAUAUGGCUCCCUACUCCCUUCACAGUGAUCACACUAGUUUUAGUUGGCAAAAUAAAUCGCCAUCCCUGUUUAAACCAAACUGGAUUCUUAAAAAUGUCUGGCAUUAGGUUGUCAGUCAUUUCAAUAUCAUUAAGAAUGAGCUUUACAUCUAACCCAACUCCGCUUUCUCAGUGAUGAUUCCUUUUUGUCCUUGAAUCUGAAUCAGUGUGGACUCCUUAUGGCAGGACUGACCACAGCAAAGAAAACUGUACUGAAACUUUGGUUCCAAACUGCGCUUCCUUUAAAACAGUGUUAUAUAGAAUGUUAUCCAUAUAUUGCCUCCCUAGAAUGUACUAUGGUUCGACUUAAUAGUGCUAGUUUGGGCAGAGGUUGUGUUAUCCAUAUGUGACUAUCCUAGAAAAUAAAAUGGUCUCUUUGGUGGAAA